AUGUUUGGAUCUGAUUUGUAUAACAUCAAACCAGAUCUCGUAUCCUUGGCCAAGGCUCUUUCUUCUGCAUAUGCCCCUAUUGGAGCAAUAAUUGUUAGCCGGGAAAUAGCAGACGUGAUUCAUUCUCAUAUCAAUAAGCUUGUCUUAAAAAAUGUGGACAUUCUGAGCUCUUGCCUUUUGGCACAAGAAAGAGAUAUUCCGGGUCAUGUGGCACAUGUUUCUCAAAGGUUCCAUGAGGGAAUCAAGGCCUUUGCAACUGGAAGUCCAAUUGUUGGGAAGACACGUGGUGUAGGAUUGCUGAUAGCAACUGAGUUCACUGACAACAAAUCACCAUAUGAGUUAUUCCCUUUUGAGUGGGGCGUUGGUGAAAUAUUUGAAGCAGAGUGUAAGAAACGUGGCAUGAUCGUUAAGGUUCUUGGAGACUUGAUAGUAAUGUCCCCACCACUGAUAAUUUCCCAUGAAGAAAUUGAUAAGUUAGUGGUGAUAUAUGGAGAAGCACUAAAGGCCACAGAGGAAAAAGUGGCAGAGUUAAAAUCCAAGAAAAAUUAG